AUGAAUAAAAUCUCACAGGUUCGAAAAAGAGAGAGGCCAAAAUUGCAUGGCUACACGCAAACACGCCUACCGAACGGCCCACGGAGCCCAGACACAGUCUCGCUCUCGCGUUUCCACACAGAAAUAGGCGCGCCCUUUUCCAUUUCAUUUCGAAAUAGCCACGGCCAAAAUAUUCCAUCUCCCACUCCCAGUUCCUCACCCAAUUCCCCUUCUCACCAAAUGCCGGCGGAACCCAAGCCCCCCGCGAAGCCAUGGCCGCCGGCGACCUCCACCUCCACCUCCCGUACCAAGACCACAACCAGGCCCUUCAUCGCCGCCGCAAGCUUCGAAGACGACGACGACGACUUCCAUAUCCCUCCCCCCGCCAGCCGCCCCCGUCCCUUGAAGCCCUCCUCCAACGGCGCCGUCUCGCGCCACCUCCGUAAGAAGCUACAGCUGCCGUCACCCUACUCCGGUAAGGAGAACCGCCCCGUUGCCAGUUCCACCGAGAGUGUUGUUACAGUGGCCGCGGCGGCUGCCGAAACCCUAGCGGGCCGUUCGAGGGUUGGUACCGGCACGCGCCGCGUACCGGAGGGCAACGAAGUGACGAGUGGAGGAAUUUGCGGCAUAUCGAGGUCCCAUUCCGAUGGCCCCAAGUUAGGCGCUGCUGAGAAGACAGGAUUGGGCGGAUACGACGGUUGCAACGGAAGUUCCAGUAGCUUCCCCAAUUCGAGAGAAUCGAGUGUUUUGGAGUCAGGCGAAACAUGUAAUUUGGGGAGUUGGCACUCUGAAGAGGCGGAUGGGGUAUCCAGGGCUUGUAAUGCGGUUACUGAGGAGAGGGUGGUGGUGGGGAGAUCUGGUUCAUGGCUCCAUAGCUCUGUCUCUGAUGAAGGGAAUGUGGAUAUAGAAGCUGAGAUUGCAUCUCGAUCCGAGACCCAAAAGAAUGAGCGGAGUGGAUUUGAAGUUCAUGACGGCAAUUGCCCCUCAUGUUCUAUAGUAUCAGAGCUUUUAGUCCCGGAUUCAAAAUACGAUUUUGGAGGUGCAGAUUGCAAAUACUUCCAAGAGCCUGGAUUAGGAAUCUCUAGCUUGGUUUCUGAAGAGAGAAAAGUUGCUGUAGAAGAUGCUGCUACUCUCAGUCCUGAGACCAGGGAGAAGAAAUCAAGCUCUACUGCAGAUUGUGUAGAGUAUCUAUCCUCGAAUUCAGUUGAAUCGGUGCUUCUGGAAUCAUGUACGACCCAUCAUGUUGAACAGGACGAUUGUGAUAAUUUUGAGAUUGGAACCCAGCUUAAUGAGCUCAUAAACCUGUGCAUGGAGGAUCAGGUGCAUAGUCAUCGUAACAGCAGGGCAUCUCCUGUUGAAGGGAAUAAAAUGGAUUCUGGGGGGUUUGAGUCAGUUUAUAAAGUGCAGUGCCCAUUAUGUGGGUCAGAUAUUUCUGAUCUGAGUGAGGAGCUCCAGCUAGCACAUACUAACAAUUGCCUCGACGAAGAUGAACCUGCUAAGGAAUCUAAUCCUAAUCAUGAAAGAGGACCUUGUGAUGGAGAAAAUAUUGAGAACAAGUGUGUUGUAGAAUGGUUAAGGAACCUGGGGCUAUCUAAAUAUGAGGAAAUUUUUACCAAAGAAGAAGUUGACUGGGAGACCUUGCAGUGGCUCACAGAAGAGGAUCUUCUUGGUAUGGGAAUUACUUCCCUUGGACCCAGAAAGAAAAUUAUCCAUGCCCUUGGUGAAUUAAGGAGGAAAAAUGACAAUGCUAAUGACACAGAAGCAGAUGUGUUAAUUUCUGAAAAUACUAAAAGGACUAAAGGUCCAAUGAGCGGGAAUAAAUUAAUUACGGAAUUCUUUCGGUGUUCCUCAUCUGAUCAGAAACAGAGAGACCACAAAGUCCAGAAACCAUCUAAUUUAAAUAACCAGAAAAAUUCUAGUGCCAAGGUGGCUACUAGCAGAAGUCGUACUCGAAAAUCAAAGGUUAAAGAUACACCUCUUUGGUGUUGUAUCCCAGGAACACCUUUUCGAGUGGAUGCAUUUCGCUACUUACGAGGAGAUUGCUGUCACUGGUUUUUGACACACUUCCAUCUAGACCAUUACCAAGGCUUGACUAAGAGCUUUUGUCAUGGGAAGAUAUACUGUACCUCAAUAACAGCAAACCUUGUACACCAUAAGAUUGGUGUCCCAUGGGAUAGAAUGCAUGUAUUGCCACUGAACAAAAGGAUUACUGUUGCUGGUAUUAAUUUGACAUGUUUUGAUGCCAACCAUUGCCCUGGAUCAAUAAUCAUCCUUUUUGAGCCUCCCAAUGGUAAGGCUGUUCUGCACACUGGAGACUUCCGAUUUUCUUCCGAGAUGGCCAACAAUUCUGUUUUGCAGUCUUCUCACAUCCACACUCUAAUACUUGACACGACCUACUGUAAUCCACGAUAUGACUUCCCAAGUCAAGGGAUUGUAAUACAAUUUGUCAUUGAGGCCAUACAAGCAGAAGCUUUUAAUCCAAAAACACUGUUUUUGAUUGGCAGCUACACAAUUGGAAAAGAAAGACUGUUUACGGAGGUUGCCCGUUUGCUUCAGAAGAAAAUAUAUGUUGGAGCUGCAAAGCUGCAAAUAUUAAAGCACUUGGAGCUUCCUCAGGAAAUCAUGCCCUGGUUGACAGCCAAUGAAGCUGAAAGUCACAUACAUGUUGUCCCCAUGUGGACUCUAGCAAGCUUCAAACGAUUGAAACAUUUAUCGAGUCAAUAUGCUGACCGGUAUGACCUCAUUGUGGCAUUUUGUCCUACUGGUUGGUCAUUUGGUAAAGGGAGGAAAAAGACACCAGGCAGAAGGUGGCAACAAGGGACAAUCAUCAGAUAUGAAGUACCGUACAGUGAGCACAGUAGCUUCACAGAACUCCGAGAAUUUGUCCGGUUCAUAUCACCAGAGCAUAUAGUUCCCAGUGUAAACAAUGAUGGCCCUGAGAGUGCAGAUGCUAUGCUGGCCCAACUGUUAAAUGACUAG